CCCACUUCCACGAUGUCCUUAAGAGUGCUAGCACGCCUCGAUCUCUUGAUGGAACCGCUGAGGAUCAGCAGCGCCAUCUGCUCUGCUGGAAGCUUGCUGUUGGAGUUUAUUUCCCUGAGUACUCCCUACUGGGUACUGCAAAGUACCAAAAAAGGCCUGGUUCACAGUGGCCUCUGGACUAUCUGCGUGGGUCCAGAUUGCACCAUGUAUUGGUUCAAUCUACUCGCCAUACAUAUCCACUUCACCCGAGCCUUCCUGGUGAUUGCAUGUUUCUGCAGCUUCUUUUCUCUGUUGUGCGUCUGCAUCUCGUUUGAACGUGACCUGCUAUUCAACAUAUCCGUGCUGAGAGCCGCCGUCACCUUCAGCCUCGUUUCAGCUCUCUUAAUCUUGAUUGGUAUGGCGAUAUUUACAUACGUGCAGAGGCACUCGCAACCUUACACCAAUUAUUCACUCGCAUUCGGUUCGUCCUAUGGCUUGGGCUGGGCUUCCGUUCCUAUGCACCUCAUUACAGAUUACAUCCAUGCCACCCGAGCGUUCAUGUUCCUCGGGAUGAUCGCUGGAGUCGUCUCUUGCAUUAUUCUUUGUGGAACAUUUUUUGACUUCCAGUUUGGCUUCCUCUCCCGGGCCAGGACCUCAGCCAUAGCCAGCCUUGUUGCAGGUAUUUAG